AUGGGUUCGGGGUCGUCUUCGGCGGCGACGGCCAACCAGAACAUCGGCAUGGGCAAGCUCAGAGAAGACCGCAAGCUGUAUCGUUUGGUCGACAUGCACGGCGGAGGAGAACUUCUACCGUGGCUCAGGUUCGUCGACGCUACAGCCCCGCUAAACAAUUUAUGAGAAAAAUUCAAGAUACGCUCUGAUUAGCAACGACCAUUCGUUCAUUGACGCCUACAUCGACACGAAAGUUCGCGAGUUUCUGUAUAACGGUGGAAAGGGGAAACUAGUGACUGUGACGGAAUUGGUGAAGUUGAGGAAUAAGGUAGGUUUUCCACUCAUUUUAUGAAAUUCGUGUUCAUUGGAGAAAUGAAGGAUUUUCUAUUCGGAAAAAUUCGGAAAGCCAUGUUUUUGCUUAAAUUUCCACUUCAAGUUCAACAGAAACUAUGAUUUAACAAGUAAAAAUACAUUUUCGGUGAAAAUUUUUGAAUUAAAAUGUUUUUCGAAGCCUGGCAAGGCCCAAGUCCGGACAAGUUUUCUCUCAAAAAUGAGGCCUGGGCCGCCCGGCCUGAUGCUCAAGUCUGCCAAUGUCCGAGAAGGUCCGAGGAUUUUUUUUGUGCGGCACGGCGAACUUUAACUGUUAAGAAACUUUUCUUCAUUUCUUUCAAAUUGUUUAUUGUGUGUGUUUUUCAGGUGAAUUUUUGUUCUCAUGCGAUGAGAGAAAAUUUUUUCUUUGUACCCAGUUUUUUUUUCUGGAGCACUUGGCCUUUUAGAUUCAGUUCCGAAAAAUAAUACUAUGAAAUAUUGUCAGUCUUUUUUAUCACGUUGUAGGAACGGAAUGAGCGUCUGGGAGCGUUUUCAAGAAAGAAAGGGAAAGGCAAAAGUGGCCCCAAUGUUUUGGACGACUUCAAUCAAGAAGGCGAGAACGUGGGAGACUUGAAAAAAGGUACGACUCAUUUUAUCAUUUGAUCAUAAAAAAAAAACGAUUUCUUCAAUAAUUGGAAAAUUUAAGCUCUCAAACUACUCGAUGGCGGAGGCAAAGGCGGUCGCGGAGAGUCGAAAUAUCGAGAACUCGCCUGGAAGCUCGAAGAACGAGGUUUUCUUUCCGUUAAUAACUAGUAUAAUAUCCGUAAUCCCAAUUUGUGCUAAGAAAUGGAUUCAGGAUCUAUGGGUGAGACUAUAGUCGGGAUCUGUCUGCUUCAAGCAACCGAAAUUCACAAUCGCUUGGUUCUGAAAGUGUUAGAAGCCCACCCGAAACUCGUCAACGACAUUCAUAUUUCUGAAGACUUUUAUGGUGAGGCUUUGAAGUUCCCAAAAAAUGUGGCUAGUGAAGUGAAGAAAGUCUGAUCUGAAACCCUCGCAGUGUUAUAGUUGACGGUCCAUAGUUUAUUACAAUAAACGCUGCAUUUCAGGCCUAACUCCUCUACAUCAAGCCAUCAUCAACCAGGAUUGCAAGAUGGUCUACACACUUCUCAGACUUGGGGCUGACGUCAAUUCUCGAUGUUACGGCGCCUUCUUCUGUGCCGAUGAUCAGAAGACGUCGCGGACUGACUCCUUGGAGCACGAAUACGUCGAUCUUUCACUGAAGACUAACUAUUCAGGGUGAGAAUUCAAAGACCUUUCAAUAUCUGAACAGGAUGCUGAGUUUUUUCAAAUGCGGAAUAUAAAGCACAUUUGCCGACUUGAGAGGCUGGUGACAGCUGAGAACUCUCUCUCGUUUCUCUUGCCUCUCUAUAAGUAUCAGCUGAUCUUUUGCUCUCUGUCUUAUAAAGUUUUAACAAGGGCUAAAGAAAUGAAAACAACGUGAAAUAUAAGGAAUAUUCCAGUAACAUGUACUUUGGCGAGUACCCGCUUUCGUUUGCGGUUUGCCUGAACCAACCGGACUGUUUCCGACUUUUGCUCGCCUUCAAGGCCAGUCCCAAUGCUCAGGACACCAACGGCAACACGGUUCUCCAUCUCUGCGUCAUUCAUGAGAACAUGGUGGGGUCUGGACCGCGUCUUGUGUCUACACGCGACGCGUGUUUGCAGAAAAUGUUCAAGCUCGCGUUGGACUCUGGCGCCAGCCUUCGAAUGGUCAACAAGCAGAGCCUCACGCCGCUGACGCUUGCCGCCAAGUUGGCCAAGAAGCAAGUUCGUUCUUCGAGUUUAUUAGGGGAUAAAAACGAAAAACGAAAAAAAGUAUCAAGUUUUCAAAACGACAUAAGACAAUCUUUCAGAUGUUCCAAGAGAUCUUGGAGCUCGAAGGAGACAGCGUUUGGGCCUAUGGCGACGCUUCCUCGACGGCCUAUCCUCUCGCUAAAAUUGACACGAUCAACGAAACUUCUGGGGAAAUGAACGAUGCAUCAGCCUUGUCUUUGGUUGUUUAUGGGGUAAGAAAAACAUAUUUUUUAAAUCAUAUAUCUCAUGGAGAUAGUGUAUUUCUUGGUUCAUCCUUCGAAAAUGUGCUUUAAAUCAAUGAAAAAUACCUAAAUAUUGGUUCUCCACGUUUUAUUUGAGAAAAAAACUUGAAAAAUAAAAAUGUCUUUCAGCAAACUGUGGCACAUCUAGAGCUGCUGGACGGCUUGCUGGACACCGUUCUCGAAGCGAAAUGGGAAGCUUUUGCCAGACGAAAGUGAUUUAUUUUUAUUAUUUAUAUGGAAAAAAAACUCAUUCUCUCAGAUUUUACGCAUUUGAAAAUUGACUUAACUUUUGCUUUAUUGAAAAGAAAAAUGUGGCGAGAGAACUUUUUAAUUGAUUUUUUUAAAAACAAGAAAAUGCUUUUUUGGGUUCAGAAACUCGAAAAAGUUCAACUAUUGACUUUGUUCCACAAAAUUAGGUUUGGAAAAGGAUGAUUUGCAGCAUGAUAAUGUCGAUGGCCGCGUUCUCCACGUACUACAUUUGCCUUGUCUGCGCUUUCAUGCUGCGGCCCGUGGGAUGGUCGACGGAGGUCUCCCGAUCAAUAAAACGAUCAAUAAGAGUUCAAUCGAUUAUUUUCUUAUAGAUUUCGACGGAAGGCUGGGUGAAUCGAUAUGAAGCGACGUUCACUGGACAGUACUCUUUGGACAAGGAUAGUGUCACUGUGAACACUAGCGCCGAUGGAAUACAACUCUGGAGUUGGUCUUUCUCGAAGAGGGCGAGAGAUAUUCAAGAUUUUCAGAACCCGAGUUGGCGCAGUGUCAUUUGAGGAAUUACUGGGACAAGAACAUGGAAAUACCCAAUUCUUAUGUGAGUUUGGAAUUUUUACUUCUGAAAAAAGGUAAAAAGAAAUAAUUUGCAAAACCAGCUGAGAAAACUUUUUUAACUUUACAUAUUUGAUUGAAGCUCAAAAAAAUAUAGAGUUUAAAAAAACUAUCGAAAAAUUUCAGUAAGUUAUUUAGAAGCUGUAUUUUUUUAAGGUCCCUUUGAUUCUUCAAGAAAAAUUUAUCUGAUAUUCAAAAAAAUAAUCCAGUGAAAGAAAAAAAAUUGAGUUUUUCGUAUCAAACAAGGUUCAAAAUUUAUAAAGAAAAAAAGCAAAAAAAUAAAGGAACUUUGAAUAAGAAAAAGCAGAAGUUGGUCAUUUCUCUGUUUUUUUCAAGUAGAGGCUCAUCAACAUUUUUUGAAAAAGCUGUGCGAAAUUUGAAUUCAAGCAGGAAUAAAGCCGCUUUAAACUUUAGAAUAGUCUAUUUGGAAAUUUAAAAAAGGUCCGAGCGGUCCAGUUUGUGAGAGUUUCAUUGGGAAAAAGUAUGAAUAAUAUUUGAAUAUCAAAUAAUUUUGAGGUUCGCCUUGGUUUUGAAGCGAUGGUGUUGAUUGGGAUUAUUGGGCAGAUUUUUCUGGAUGCCAGAGACGUUAAAAGAAUUGGUCGGAAGAAAUGGUUCGACGUUCUGGUUUGAAGAAAUCGAGUAAAAACAAAAAAUAUUCAAUUCCAGAAAGCAUUCCCGGCCAAGUUGGCCUACAAAUUGACGUACAUUUUGGUGUUGGCGGUGGUUCCGAUCCGGCUUUUGUGCAACGUUUCGCCGGUUCUUCUGAUCCUCGACAAUACUCUGGCCACUAUCACGAUCAUUCUGACGACAACCCAUUAUUUGUACUAUUUCCGGUGGGUCUGAAAACUUCAAAACUUGAAAUGAAAUGGCUCUUCCAGUGUUAUUCGGUUUGUUGGACCUUUUGUGUUGAUGGUUUACACGAUUAUUGCAACCGACAUCUUCCGGUUCCUGCUUAUUUACGGUAUAUUCCUCAUGGGUUUCUCUCAAGGUUGGAAGUUCCCGUUUAUUUAUAAAGUUUCAAAGUGUCGUUUUUCAGCCUUUUCUCUUAUUUUCUUGUCUUGCGAACGAGAGGCGACAAAUAUCACUAAAACGAUGGCUCAAGAUCCUAAUCACCCGUAUCUGAAAGGCAUGGAUGUAGUGGUACGUUAAUCGUAACCUUUGGAGCUACAGUAGUCCAAUUGAGGUGAUCAAAAACGCCGAAGGAUUUGUGAACGUCAUCCAAAAUCCCGCCGAAGCCUUCGUCCGUACUUUCAUUUUGACAAUCGGCGAGUUCACUGUACUCUACCGUAAUCUGGCCUUGUGUCCCUCCGACACGAUGGUUUGGAUUGGGAAGGUUUGUUCAAAGUGUUACUGGCUUUCCUGGGAAGAUUUUUUUUUUCUUAAAGCUCAGUUCAAUGAUAUUUAUCUCAGUGUUAGAGUUUGUUGGAAAUUCCUUGCUUAGUUUUUUAGAGCAGAGUAAUUGUUGCAAGGCUUAAAAAAGCACCGAGAACGGUUCUUUGUCUAAGGACUGCUUAGCUCAUGAAUGAAAAAAAAAAUUUUUUUUUUUAUUCUGUUCAAUUGUUUUGAAUUUUCCCAUAGGUGAUUAUAAUUUCCAUUUUUUUUUUCCCAUCUUCACAUUUUCAGAUCGUUUUCAUAUUAUUCGAGCUUUUCGUAAGCAUUAUGCAGUUCAAUUUGCUUAUCGCCAUGAUGACACGAACAUAUGAGACUAUUUUCCGGACCCAACAAGAGUACAAAAGACAGGUUCGAGUCAAUCCACUGAUUGGAAAUUAAUGACGAUUCACAGCGAGCUCAAGUUAUUCUGAUGCUGGAGCUCUCGCUGAGUCCGGAAGAACGGCUACAGUACCUUUUGAAGUACUCACGCCCCACUGGAACCAAUAAGAAGACACGAAGUUUGGUUGUCAACAAAAAAGCGCCGGUAAUAUUGAAAAUUAGGUUUUUUCAAUAAUUUUUUGAUUAUAGUUCUACACGGGGACUAGCGAAGAGCAAUUGGCAAAGGAAGAAAAAGCAAGAAAGAUAGUUGAAGAACGGAAAGCAGUUUGGAAGAGGAAGUUGAAGGUGAAGAAUGAAUGUCGAUUCAUUGGUUUCCUAAUCGAAAUACGUUGAGGAUCUCGAAGUGAAGGAAGGAAUCAGACCGACUACCGGCUUUGCGAGGACACCCCGGCCCCACACGCAGUACUUACGGUCAAAAGAUUCGUGA